UGGACUAGCCAGCUGAUUUGUCGGAUUGAGAACUGUCAUUUCAUUAGGUAUUGGUUGUAGGUUAUGUAAAAGAGGCAAAAUAUUUGAAAUGUUUUAAUUUGUUAGUAAACAUAAUCGUGCUAUCAAUUAAUAGUUCGCGGGUGUGAAAUGGCUUUGCUGAAGAAUAAUAUAGUGAAAAUACAACAGUGCUGCCGGGCGUACUCUGUAUUAAACAGAGUUUUAGAUAAAAGACUAAAGCUAUACAAUUCUGCGUCAAUUCUUACUAAUACACAACGGUGGUUGUUUCAUGAAAGCGAACGCAAAGGUGGAUAUAAUACGAAAGAAGAUGUAUCGACGCUCACACACAUCAAAAAUGGUUUCAAGGAACUCAAAUCUGAAGUAAAACUUUGGUUGCAAGAAAUGAAAGACCUAGCCCGGACUGACCCAUUACUUAUCGCCAGACCAGGUGAAACCGACCUAAUCUGGUGCUUCAACGAGCGCUCGGUCCUAGACAAGUUCGUGACGACCAGCGACAGCGAUCACAACGAGGGCUUCAGCUCGUGCACACUGGACAUGAGCCCCGCGGGGCGGGCGCUGUUCCAUGGAUAUUUGGAUACUAGAGUACCCAAGGACGGGAUAAAGAAGGCGGGGUAUUGCGCUCUGAGAUCGCAGCGGACGAGGAAAUCCUUCAAACGCGAAACCACAUUCGACUGGCACCUGUACAAUACGCUGGUGAUAAAGAUACGCGGAGACGGCCGCUCCUACCUUCUCAACUUGUCGUGUGAGGGCUACUACGAUAUCACGUGGAACGAUAUCUACCAUUACGUUCUAUACACCAGGGGAGGACCUUACUGGCAAGUUGCUAAGAUCCCGUUUUCGAAAUUUAUUCUCGGCUCGAAAGGCAGGCUGCAGGACAAGCAAGUGCGCAUGCGGCUCGACAGAGUGACGCACUUCGGUAUCACGUGCUGCGACAAAAUUAACGGAGAAUUCAAUUUAGAAAUAGAAUAUAUAGGCCUAGAAUUUGAUCCUACGCAUGAUGAAGAAUUUGCAUAUGAGAUGUACAAAACGGAAAAAUAUAUCGUCGGUGUAUAAAUUACAUACCUACAUGUUAAUGUAAAUAAAGAAAUUGAAUAAAUUAUAUGUUAUCA